GCCACGAGCUCAUUGUUGUGAAGUUUGACAAGCAGUUUUUCAAAUUAAAUUCUAAGCGGUGCUUUUGUAAUUGAGUUUUUCUUAUUAGUUGUAUUAUUUAUAGAAAAAUUUAAUAUAAAUUCUUUGGAAAUGUAUCUAAUUUCAACGGGGAAGACAACUGUACUCUCUGACUUCAGUAAUUUAGAAACAAAAUCAAUUUACCAGCACGCAAAUGGCGAAACCACCGAUUUUCAAUUCUAUGCACGGCAACGCAUCUUCCUGGAAGUGAACAAAAAGUCUGGCUUGGAAAUAAUGCGGAUCAAAGAUAAAGGAGAUCACAAUUUAGAAAUUCAGCGUGUGCGCAAAUUGAAUAUUGGAAAUGUUUACUGUGUCGCCUGCGCAAAGCAGUCGCUCGAGGAAAUGGCAUUCGGUGGUGUAAAUGGCCAAGUUAGUCUAUACAAUUAUAAAAACACUGAACUCUUGCAUCGUUUUAAACCGGAAAAUAAUCGUAAUAGUGUGCUGUAUUUGGACUACAAUGGAACAGAUGAGUAUAUAGCUUCGGUAUUCGAAAGUGGUCAAAUCAACGUUUAUGGCACUAAAACGAAAACAAAAGUAGAUAGCGUAAAUAUUGAUGGAAACUCCACUCUGGCACGUUUUCAUCCAAGCAAGCGUUUCCAGCUAUCAGUAGCAUCUUUCAAGGGUGCCGUUACCGUCUACGAUCUGCAAACCAAACGGAAGAUAUUCAAUCUGAGCGAUGCUCAUGCCUCACCUUGUCGCGAUCUAUGCAUGUCUGCUGCAACGCCUGAUACACUAAUAAGCGUGGGGUAUGAUUGUAUUGUUAAUGUCUUCGACACACGUCGUAGAACGCCGCAAAUCAAACUAAAUCAUCCGCAUCCAUUGUCUACCGUUGCAAUGAGUAGUUGUGGUACAUACAUUUGCGUGGGAAAUUUGAAAGGCGAGUUGAUUUCUUAUGAUAUACGUAGUGUGAAAAAAUGUUUAGCCACCAAAAAAGUGCACGAUUGCUCUAUUACACGUUUAUCAUUUGUGCCACUACCUGAGGAAGAUAAUAAUACAACACCAAGUUUUACCAGCACCACCGCCAAUAGUACAGAUAAUACAUCCGAAAUUCUUGAAGAUCAGCAGAAGUCAAUGGCGAACAUGCGCCAACGCGAUUCUUUUUGUGAUUUUCUAGAUUUUCAAGCAAACAAAUUGGACCGGAAAUCUGCACGUUUUACAAUGGGGCGUGACAGCUUCGAUUGGGAUACACUUGGACGUAGGCCAAACUCGGAAGAUAAUCGCACAAAUGUAUCGAAACUAAACGGCAGCAAUGAAAGUGUCAACAACUCGAGUAGUAACACCACUGAUGGGAAAUUGAAUUUAAGUUUUGAUUAUGUAAACACACGGCGUGCUAAGGUAGUCGAAGAAGGAAAACGGCAAUUUUCUACGCUGCCGACGGCACCACUCCGUGAUCGUAAUAGCAUAUCGAAAGUUGUAACCAAUUUAAAACAAAUCGAUGAGGAAGAAUCAGCAAAUUCCGCACACUCAACGCAACAAAUAGAGUUUGAUUGUGAUAGCGAUAAAGAAAAUCCCAGUAAUAUAGAUGUAGAAUUCGAUUCAGCUGCGCAACCGCAUACACCAGUAAAUGCAUGCAAUAGCACACCCAAUCGCACGCCGGCAAGCACACAAAAUUUUACAGAAAGCAAGAAAUUGUCGGAAAAUUUAAAGUCGCAAGUUGCAAAUACACCUGUGCCACCACAAGCAGGGAUUCUACAGCAAAUCGCCGAUUUGCGUAUGGAAAUGAACUCACGUUUUAAGCAAUUAGAAUCGGAGUUAAAAUUUAACGCCGAGCAAAACAAAUGGCAAAUUUUUACGCAAACAGCUGAUAUAUGGGCGCGCCAAAUGAAUACCACCGAAGAUAUACGUGAUGCGCUGAGCUAUCUUUUGCAAACCGAUCCUUUUGUAAAUGAGUUUUUACGCCUGAAAGACGAGAAUGAGUUAUUAAAGGCACAACUACAGCAAUUAAUGGCACAAAAAUAGGUAAAACCUACUCAUGUAUGUAUUUUAUUAGAUAUCUAUUGUAGCACUGUUUUGUUUUCCCAUUGAUAUUUAAAAAAAGUUUUAGUGAUUAAUCUUUAUUAUUUGUAGUUGAUUGUGAAAUUGUACUGAAUAGAAAUGUAUUAAAUUAAAAUGUAUUUCAUUUAUUUAAUGCAUAAUUGUGACAAAAGACUUUAUGCUGCCAAACAAAAAUUAUACUUUUAUGUACUAAUAGGAAUAAAAGGACUAAAUAAGUGUGCUUUAUUAUGGCAGAUAUUAUACAUAUUUGCCAGGGAAUAAAAAAAAAUAUAUGAUAACUGUUUAAAAUAUGUACGCUGAUUAGUUCUAUUCCAUUGAGCAAAUGUGUACUGUAUAGCCAGCUCUGCUGAUUUGAUUUGGUUCAAAAUUUAAAAGUGCAUAAUUAACACUUUCCCUGCCAUAUUAAAAAUGAAACAACCUACGUUUUGCAUAUAUCUUUACAUAAGCAUAUGGUCAAAUUAACUAACUCAGACAAUUGGUUAACGAUCUCGCGAUGAGGUAACAACCGUCACUGUCAAACACAUGAGGACUUGGACUCAUGUAGACUUAUGUGAAGUAUUUUGAAUAAGGGAGAGAGGUUACAAUAGAAUAUUAGGUAGUUAACAAUCUACAAAAACAACAACCAACUGGUAAAAACUAUCGUUACUAAGCAGGGGCAGGGAAUGUGUUAACUUCAACAAUAACACAAGGGAACAAACAUUUUGUUGCGGCAAAUGUUAAAGCUGUUUUUGAUUGACUUUGCUGUGCCGAUAACGAAUCCAUGAGUAUAAAGUUCCCAUCGGCUCCAGAUUUUGAAAAAAAAAAAACGAGAAGCUCUAGCAACGAAACAAAAGGCGAUAUUAGGUGUAACUUAGAGGUGGAAGUCUCGACAACUAUCCCUGAAAAUACCACCCCUGCAUCUUGACUUGAUGGUCAAUUAUAGUCAUUUAUUGAACACCAAUAAGUUUGAGUUCCCACGACAGUCGGGUCUACGUAACCGGAACGACCCAGAUUUAUAUCUGGCCACGGACUGUCACUCCAGUAACACUCCUCAAAAUCUCUUUGGGGAGUUUGUAUGCUGUUACAACAACAACA